GUGUUGCAAAAUAGCAUCCAUUAGCUGGCACUGGUUGGCUUUAAUUUGUGUUAUCUGGAACCAGGAAGUCCUAAAAUGUUGCAUUAAACACUAGGUAAUCUUCUGUCUGCCUCAAACCUAUGUGAAUGUCCUUGUUUUUUCUUUUUAAAAAAAUAAAGCCAUGGUUUGGAUCAGGAGCCAUAUUUCUAUCCAAUUAUUCGCUAUCAAGUUUGUUUACUUCUCAGUGCCCCCUUGAGAAACAAGCUGCUCUAUUCCUUCACAAGGUGCUGGAAAAAUAGGAUGUCUUGCUGAAAGAGAGAAAAAUACAUAAUUUUUUUCUAACUUCCCUUCUUCGCCCUCUAAGCAAACAAAUCAACAUCCUCGAGCGUCCACCAGGAGGCGCCAGGGGAGCCGAAAGACCUGCGGUACCUUCAUGAUUGGAGAGGCGGUGAUGGAUGCAGCAGCGAUGGAACCCGGCUGGCUUCCUUUUUUAAGAAUCAAUGUGAAGGAAGGGAGCAGAGCUGUGUUAUUUUAGGGAGACCUUGUCGCACCCCCCCCCCACUUGCCCCACGUGUAGGUAGCGUCUGGGGUGUGCGCGAGCCCCAUGGAGAGACAGUGGCGGUGGCGGCGGUGGCAGCUGGGGUUCCUAUUGCGGCUGCUGCCGGCCGUAAUCCGACCCCGCCGGCGCAGGGACUGAAGAGGCUGAAGAGGCGCAAGGGAAAGUGGCGAGCUGCAAACAAAAGCCCACGGCGCGGGGCCCAGCCCGGGACGUGCGAGACUCCACAGAAGGACGGGGUUCAGCCAUGGUGGAUCCCGUGCCUGAAGAGGAGAAGGCGGAAGCCGAGCCUGGAGGCCCAGGAGGGGAUGAAGCCGCCGCGUCCGUGCCCCCCGACUCCCAGGGCGCCCAGCAGCCCGCGGCCUCCUCGACCACGGCCUCCGCGGCGGUGCCCCGAAAAGCUGAAGUUCCAGGCGCAGCAGAAGGUGGGCGGCGGGAGCAGUCCCCGCUGCUGCACCUCGAUCUCUUCAACUUUGACUGUCCGGAGGCCGAGGGCAGCCGCUACGUGCUGACCAGCCCUCGCUCGCUAGAGGCCUGCGCCCGCUGCGCCGUUAAACCCGUGGAGCUGCUGCCACGGGCCCUGGCGGACCUGGUGCGCGAGGCCCCGGGCCGCUCUAUGCGGGUGGCCACCGGCCUGUAUGAGGCAUACGAGGCGGAGCGGCGCGCCAAGCUGCAGCAGUGCCGGGCUGAGCGUGAGCGUAUCGUGCGCGAGGAGAAGCGGCGCCUCUUCACGCCGUUGGGCCCCGCGACCACCGCGGCCCCGGCCCCCAGCGCGGGCAGCAGCAGCAGCUGCAGCAGCGCCAGCCUCCCGGCCUCGCCCGCACCGCGCGCCGCUCGCAAGGCCUCCUCCAGCCCGUCCCCGGCCCGGCCGCAACCUCCGCCCACAGGGUCGCGGGCAGGUAGAAAGAGCCACUCACUAGACUCCCUGUCUCGCCGCCGGGAGGGCGCCCUCAGCUCGGAGUCCGGCGCGUCAUCAUCGUCCUAUAGCGGGGAGAGCCUGCGGGAGCUGCACUGGCCGCCGCGGGCCUCGGCCCGGAACAGCUGCCCCGCGGGGUCGGCGUCCUCUGCUCCCAACCCGCUGGGCCGCCCGUCCGCCUUGGCCUUGGUUCCACUCACUGGCCGAAGCUUCAGCCUCGGCGACCUGAGCCACUCGCCGCAGACAGCACAGCACGUGGAGCGCAUCGUGCGCCAAGUGCGUGCGGAGCGGGGUCUGCGCGGGGUGCCGGAGCGCGACCGGAAGAUCGCGGCGCUGAUGCUGGCGCGGCACCAGGAGGAGCGCCUGUUGCUGGAGCAGCGCGCCGCGGCCCACGGCCAGUGGGAGAGGCAGCGCGUCCGCGCGGAGCAGCGGCGGGAGCGCGAGGAGCGCGAGAAGCAGCGCGCCCUGGAGCAGGGCCGCCGGGCCUGGGCAGCGCAGGUGGAGGAACGGCGCGGCCGCCGGGGCCGCGAAGAGCGCGAGGAGGCAAGGCGGCGGCAGCGGCAGUGUGAGCGCAGCGAGGAGAGGCGGCGGGAACUGGCGGAACGCCAGGGGCUCCUACGGCGGGAGCGGGUGGAGCGCGCUGCCCAGGAGGACCGGCUGCGCAAGCUGCAACAGGAGCAGAACCUGAAGCAGAGGGAGGAGGGCCUGCAGGAAGGGCGCGAGCGGUCCGAGCAGGUCCGCAGGGAGCGCGCCCAGCGCGCAGCCCGCGCCAAACAGCGGCAGGAGGGCCAGCUUCAACGCGAGAAGCGGGAACUGAGCCGAGCCGAGCGCGCGCGCCACGAGGCGCUGCUGCAAGGCCGGGCCCGGCAAGAGCGCGAAGAGCGAGAGGGCCUGCGGAGCUCCCUGGAGGCCAGCUUGGGCCGUGCGCAGGAGAACUACGAGCAGCUGGUGGAGCAGCGCACCCGGGAGCUGCGUGAGCGGGCCCGUCGGGAGGAACUACAGGGCCGGCGGGCCAAGGAGGCAGCGGAGCGCAAAGAGCGGGAGCAUCAGGCUCACCUGGAGGCGCUGGCCCGGGCGGGCGAGCGGCGGCUGCAGCAUGCGACGCAGGCGGCUGAGGAGGCUGUGCAGCAGAAGGCAAGGCGUGUUGGCCAGAGCCGGCUGGAAAAGGAGCGGGCCCAGCGCGCCAACAAGGAGAAGGUGGAGAGGGACGAAGACUGCCGCCGGAGAGAGCUGAUCCAAGCCAUCGGGCGCAAGCUGGAACGCAGUGAGCAGCUGUCUCGCGAGAGGCGCAGCGCGCUGGAGAGCGCCCGCUCCACAGCUCGGGCCUCCUUCCACGUGCGCGAGAAGGUGCGCCAGGAGACCAACACGCGCUCUUUCGAUCGCAUGGUGCGAGAGGCCCAGCUGCAUGCCAGCCUGGACCGUAAAUGACCGCCACCUUGCGCUGGCCAGAUUGCCACUCUCAGCCCCCGCAGGGCCCCUUUUGGCCACUUUGACCAGACCGUGGGAGUCCACAGUCGGGGCGCAGCACGGUGGCGUCAGCAGCCUUCCGAUCAAUGAGGCCAUGAGAGGACCGACGUGCCAGACGUGUCAGACCGCCGCCUUUGUUUUAAAAAACUGUUUGGCAAUGACACAGCACAAUCUUUGACCACAUCCACCCUUGGCAGCUCCCGCACCGACCCUUGCCAAGGCUCCCAGUAUGUCUGUUGAGUUAGAAAAGAAAAGAGCUGGGAGAAAAGGGCUCGUGGAGACUGGAGUAGGGCUCCCAAGGAGCGAGUGCAGAGGUGAUUGCCCCCUCGUGCAGCAAUCACCCCAGGCACCUUUCGCAUACUGGUGUCUAGGUGACUGUCCCACACUUGCAGUGGGGGAAGCAUCUCCUUGGCUCGCCUCCAUCUUUUCAAAUGACAAGUUGAAGAAAGCUCGGAGGCCUCGCAGAAAAGCACAGCUCUUCCAAGGUAUUAGGCCACAUGCAAGUGACCCCAAAGCUAUUGAUUUUUGUAUGCUAGACUUUUAGUCUGCCACUUGCGCAAAUUCUGGUCUUAGUCCUGGUAGUUUUUCAGUAGGUUUUUCUAGUUAGACAAUCAUCUGCAAAUAAUGAUCAAUUUGAGUCCACCUUCCCGCCCCCACCCCCACCACUUACUCUCCCAAGUGAUACAAGAAAUCGUUGGGUUGGUGAUGCUGUUUAGCUUUAGUGGAAGCCCCUAACCCCCUGGGGAAGCGGGUUCCUUAGGCAGCAGUGUUCCACACGAUUGUGCUUUCUUGCAGGGUACUUUCAGGGGAGGCGGCAGCUGAUGCCCACCUCCCAGAGUGAGGCCCCCUCCUCGCAGACAGCAGCCAUGCCUUAAGAAGCAGUGCUACCUUAUGUGCCUGCCCAGGCCAAUUCUGCCUCAAUCUCCAGCCCUGGAUACAUUCCCAAGAGUGGGCCCCGGAGAGCUUGAUUCCCUCUGUGAAGGAAUCUUUGCACCUGCUAGGAGGGAAAUUACUUUCCUGGAGUAGCAAGAGAGCUGGAGUUGCCCUUUUGCUGUAAGGGUCGCGCUCACUAUCAUUGGCAGUUGGCAGCUGGCAGCAUACCCUCUCCUCUCCUUCCCCACGUGAGGAAAAAGAGAACUUCCCCCUUUCAUUCCUGGUUCCCUCUCACCUCCGACUGAAAGUCCUUAGUCAGGCUCUCCGUGCCUCACCUCCUCCAUGGGCCAGAUGGGGCCAUCAGUACUCUCCUCCUGGUACCUCAAGGUCUCCCGGAUCCAAAGCACCGCCUCAGUAUUAUUUGUUGGUCUUCUUUGUGCCUUUCUUGACCUGGAGUUGGGAGGCAGGAGGGCUGCUGUUGGCCUAGUUUGUUUCUGGGAAUAUGGAUUUCUGGCAUAGGAAGGGGGCAGUGCGUCAUGGACAGAUGGUCAUUUAGCCUCUGAGGGAAGAUACACGUGAGACCAGGCUACUCUCUGCUCCAAAAAGUCCUGCUCGGUUGUCUUCGGGCAACUUUCAUCCUCAGAGUGCUUCCCUUCCAUGAAGCCAAAACCAGCCCCAGCCAUGUCCACCCCAGGUCUCUACCUUCAUCAAGGAAGAUAGGAAGUGAAACAUUACUUUUUACAUUAGGUCAGGAUCAAGAAAUAAAAGUGACCAAAAAAAAAAAAAAGAGGUAAGAAUCAGGG